UUGGGUGUGGGUACGAGAGGGGCCAGUCAGUGGUUACACGGUCUCUACACGGUCACAAGGCGGACAUGUUGUAGGUGUAUUUCCGUCAAUGUGCGCGGUGUUCUGACGCGUGAAGGGGGGCAAGUGAAAAAAAAUUCCACCUUAUUUUUUAUUAUUUCUCUCAUGAAUAUCGCCAGUUCCCAAUUAAUACGGGUGAAGUGCCGGAGUUUGUAUUGUGACGAGUGAGUUAAUAGAUCGAACAUAUGUGAAGUGACCAGUGUAUUUGGAUUUCGAGCGCUAUUUCGCCGAGUGAAUACGGGAUUUUGUUUUAAUCCUCGCGCAAUAAUGAGUUGGGGUAGUGAACUUUGGGAUCAGUAUGAUAAUCUAUCCCUGCAUACGCAGAAGGGGAUAGAUUUUCUGGAGAGGUAUGGACAUUUCAUACGGGAUCGGUGUAAAAUUGAAGUGGAGUAUGCUGGGAAUUUGAGAAGGCUAGUGAAAAAUUAUCAACCGAAGAAAAAGGAGGAGGAGGACUACCUAUACAGUCCGUGCAAAGCAUUCAAAUUAGAACUGAAUGAGGUAAAUGAUCAGGCGGGACAGAGGGAAGUUAUUGCUGAGAAUCUCCAGGCGAAUGUUCUCCGUGAGCUGAAUUUACUAGUAAAAGAUUUCAAAGAGGACAGGAAAAAACAUCUCCAAGAGGGCGCAAGAUUAAUGACAUCAUUGGCAACGCAAAUUGGUAACUUGGAGCGAGCUAGAAAAGCGUAUGAGAAAGCAUUUCGCGAGGCGGAGAGGGCAAUUGAGAAUUUUCAAAGAGCAGACGCUGAUCUGCACUUGUCGAGAGCAGAAGUGGAGAAGCAGCGGAUGAACAAGACGCUGAAAACACAGCAGAGUGAGGAGGCGAAAACGGAGUACGCGAAUCAAUUACAGAAAACUAAUGAACUGCAGAGGCUUCAUUAUCACACUGCGAUGCCCGAAGUCUUUCAACAUUUGCAGGAGUUGGACGAGAAGAGAAUAAAAAACAUGAGGAAUUACAUGUUAAAAUCAGCAGACAUUGAACGAGCGGUGGCACCAAUAAUUGCCAAGUGUUUGGAUGGAAUCGAGAGGGCGGCGAAUGAAAUUAAUGAGAAGGAGGACACAAUGUUGGUGAUUGAACGGUACAAGAGUGGCUUCACACCACCUGGUGAUUUUCCAUUCGAGGACCUGUCUGAUGCCAAGACAUACGACAGUAAUACACAAUUAUCACAGCCUGCAAUGCAACCGAUACACAAUCAUUUGACCGUCAAAGGUACAGUUUCUGGUGGGAAAAUUAAGAAAAGAGUCGGAAUAUUCGGAAUUUUCAGCAGUAACAAGAAGUUGAUCGAGGUGUGCAUAGCUUUAAAGAACAAUGUGCCUGGUUAUGGUGACGGUGUGAAGGAGGAUUGCAGCGAUUUGCCACCGAAUCAGAGGAAAAAGCGUUUGCAACAGCGAUUGGACGAUAUUCAAGCGAAAAUACAGCAGGAAACAGCAGCGAGAGAUGGACUGAUGAAGAUGAAAGGUGUGUACGAGCAGAAUCCAGCACUUGGUGAUCCUAUGAGUAUAGAAGGCCAAUUAAAUCAAUCGAGCCAUAAACUGGACAAACUGGGUGGCGAGUUGGCCAAGUUUCAGGGAUAUCUCGAGGAAGCCAUAAAAGCAGGCGCUGGCCUCUCAAGUCCCAGUCAAGCCUCGAGGAAGCCAACGAGUAACGGUUCUACGACACGAUCAACAAAUUCGAGGAGAUCGAGUCACUCAGGCGGCGAGGAGAGUCUGUCGCGAUCGGCAUCGGACUCAAGCGUUAGCAAUGCCAAUGCCAAUCAACCAGUGCACAAGAAGAGUGCACCAGGGACCCCACAGCCAAGUCAUGAUUCCACGAAUAGCCCGGAAUCUGGACUCGGUGCGUCGAGAACGUCGUUGCCUGGCAGUGGAGGUGAGGAUUACUACGCGGACGAGGUCGAUGCACCACCACCGUUGGGAACCUGUCGAGCGCUCUAUCCGUUUGAUGCAACGAGUGAGGGCUCAAUUCCAAUGUACGACGGCGAGGAACUCUACAUGAUCGAGUUGGACCAGGGUGACGGCUGGACGCGCGUCCGCAGAAUGUCCCAGCCCAUCGAGGGCUUCGUCCCCACCUCCUACAUAGAAUUUCAACUGUACAACACAUAAUUUCCCCUCCAGUGAUUCGUAAGAAUACCUAAAUGUUUACAAAAAGUGGUGCGUUGUUGAAAAUAAUAUUUUUUUCAAUGCCGAAAGAAAAAAUACUCGACAGGCAGAUUAAUCCAGCGAACAAUCGAUUUUCUAUCGAUGAGUAAUCGCUUGAUAAAUGUGAUUGAACCUGAACAAUGUGAAACAUCAAAUUGGCCUCUUUCUGGUCAAUACUACAUAGCUGUAAUCGUUUGAUUUAGUUUCGUGCAAUUUAACAAACAGUCUGUAAUUUUUUUGUUCGUCUCGUAGUUAUUAAAAUUCAGACCAUUAUCCAUUGGUGACAGUUGAGCUAAAGUGCGGGUUAAAUGAACAUUGCAAUCAACAUUUGAUCUUUAUUGCGUACGAUCAAUGGAGGUCGUUGUGGAGAGGCUUUGAAUGUGGCACAUUAAGCGCGUUACCUCCUCGAGGAAAAUUAAUACUAUUCAGCUAUGGGUGUGCGAGUGAUUCCAUGUAAAAAAAUUGGUAUGAAUGAGAUUUAAUGCGGUUGUGGAAAAACUUUUUACUCUGAUUAAAAUCUAUUACCAAUGGA